AUGGCUGUAUAUCCUCAUGCAGAAGGGGAACAAAGGAAUAUACCAGUAAUAAAACCAGAUGAAUCUGUGGUGGACAGAGCCAAGGCCAAUGCUUCCCUUUGGGAAGCCAGAUUGGAAGUCACAGAACUGUCUAGGAUUGAAUAUCGUGAUACUUCCCGGAGACUGGCAAAAAGUAAUGAGGAGCUGAAGAGACAGCAGUAUAAAAUGGAGAAAGAUACAAUGUCUGUAUUAAGCUACCUGAAGAAGCAGGAUCAGGAGAAAGAUAAUAUGAUUGACAAACUGAAACAACAAUUGACUGAAACAAAGGAAAAAGCCCAAGAGGAGAAGGAAAAAUUAGAACAAAAGUAUGCCAUGCAAAUAAAGGAGCUAGAGGGCCAGUUCCAUCAAAAAGCCAAAGAAAUUGGCUUGAUUCAGACAGAGCUGAAGACAAUAAGACAAUUUCAAAAGAGAAAAAUCCAAGUGGAAAAAGAAUUAGAUGAUCUGAAGGAGAAUUUAAGGAACACAGAGCGGAAACAUCAGGAGACUCUUAGAAGACUGGAAGGCAGGUUUUUUGAAGAAAAGCACCGUCUAGAAGAAGAGGCUGAAAAGAAGAUAAUAAUGCUGGCAGAGAGAGCCCACCAGGAAGCUGUUGUGCAACUGAACAAUGCUGGAAGAAAUGUUUUUAAAGAGAAUAUUUCUCUCCAGAAAGCUCUUGCAUACCACCUGAAGGAAGCUGAUGAUCUACAAAAAAGCUCCCAGAAGUUGCAAGAGAGUCAUACUGUCCUUUUACAUCAAAAGGAGAUCAAUGAGCUAUUGGUUAAGGAAAAGAUUAUGCAACUUACGCAGCAGAGAUCGCAAAUCCAAACUCUUCAGAAGAAGGUGGUAAGCUUGGAGACUGCUCUGAAUUGCAUGACCAGAGAGUUUGAGACUGAGGUUUUAAAACUGCAACAACAGGCAAUGAUAGAGAACCAAGCAGGUCGGGUAGAAAUCGACAAGCUGCAGCACCUUCUUCAGAUGAAGGACAAGGAAAUGAAUCGAAUGAAGAAGCUGGCCAAGAACAUACUGGAUGAGAGAACAGAAGUGGAAAGAUUCUUUUUAGAUGCCCUGCACCAAGUGAAGCAGCAGAUCCUGUUUAGCAGGAAGCAUUAUAAGCAGAUAGCGCAAGCUGCUUUCAAUUUAAAAAUGAGAGCAGCAUGUGCAGGAAAAACAGAAUAUCCCCCAAUCAGAACAUUUGAUGGUAGAGAGCACAGUACCAAUAGCGUGAAUCAGGAUCUUAUGGAGGCCAAGAAAUGGACAGAUAUUCAAGGAAAUGUGGAUAUUGGAGAUUUGACCUGGGAGCAGAAGGAGAAAGUCUUGAGAUUGCUCUUUGCAAAAAUGAAUGGUUUUGUUCCUAGGAAAUACAGCCAGAGUUCUAGGCCUCCAGUUCCAGACCAUGUUGUUUCUGACAGUGGAGAAACAAAGGAAUUUGGGGAUGAAAGUAAGCUUCAAGAUGAAACCUUCAUCACCCAGCAAGUUCCAAUAUCAGACUUUUCUGGUGAAAUGGUGCUACCCAAUAUUCCAAAAGAAUCACAAUAGUCUGACAUAGUGAGUAUCUAAUCAAACAAUGUACAUAACUGUUACCCUUGCCCAUUGCAGCUUCUUCCCAAAUCGCAGUUCUUUUCUUUGCUAGCUAAGACCCCUCAGGUAUCAGUGGAAUGAGUAAUAAAAAGCACUAG